AGUGUUCAGCAAUUGGACUCAAACCCAUUGUAAAAAGAAGAAAGUGCAGCCCAGUGAAUUUUCCAUUUUGUUGCAUGAUGCUACGCUUAAAUUAAGCACAGUUAUGCCAUUUAUUUGGUAUGGUUAUAACAUAAGGAUAUAACAGGAUCUCCUAAAUGUCGCAGCGAUGCUAAGCUCUUCGACCAGUAAACUGAAUGUACUGGUCAACAAACUGCACGAGUACUUGGCCCAUUCCACUCCUGAGGACAGCAACGGCUCAGCUGAUGAUGUGACAAACAGGAAUGGUUCAUUGGGAAAUUCAGCUCGUCAUGCUACAAUGGAGGCAGCUGCAGACACUAAAUGCUCCAAAAGAAAACCAUCUGUUGUGACAAAGCACUCUGGACUGGAUGAAUCGGGUGACUCAAAUGAUAGCGACAAUGUGGAUUUCCCGUUCAGUGCAAACGGUCACCCUGAUAUCACUUGCUUGCCUAAAGGCACCGUUCUGGUCAAACCUGAACCCGUAGAUAACGGAAGAGAUGACUUCAGAGGUCCAGAGUUUCGCAGUCGCAAAAGUAACGUUUUGCGGAAAGAAUUUUCAAGGAGACGUGGAGGAGGUGAACAUCUGGGAAUUGUCAGUUGCACUGCUUGUGGUCGCCAAGUGAACCACUUCCAGAGAGAUUCUCUUUAUCGCCACCCAGUUCUAAAAGUACUUAUUUGCAAGUCCUGCUACAAAUAUUACUCAAGUGAUGACAUCAGCAAGGAUUCAGAUGGAAUGGAUGAACAGUGCCGUUGGUGUGCAGAAGGGGGCAACCUAAUCUGCUGUGAUUUCUGCAGUAAUGCCUUCUGCAAGAAAUGCAUUCUGAGAAAUUUGGGGCGAAAGGAGCUUUCUGGCAUCUUAGAGAGCAAGUGGUACUGCUAUGUCUGUAACCCGGAGCCCCUUUUUGGCCUUGUGGUGGCGUGCGACAGCGUGCUGGAGAGCAUGGAGCAGCUGUGGCAACAGCACCGCAAGAGGAACCGCACAGAACCGGGGAAAUCUGAACUGUAUGGCAUGUUGCCGCUACCUCAGAUCAUUCCCUUAGCUAAAUGGGAACACACGGGCAUGGAUGCUAGUGUCGUGUUCAACUAUAACACCCUACAGGUCUCCAAGGAGAUGACCACAAAGGUCAAAUAUUUAGUGGACUCUACAAACAACGUGAACACAAAUUUCAUUCAGUUCAUGAACACUGUGACAAAGACGAAACAAGCUGAAGGUGUUCGAAGUCUCUAUUUGAAGUCUUUUGUGACAGUGGUGAAAGCCUUGCGAAAGUGUCUUGCUGCACUAGAGGAAAACCUGAAAGAAGAAUUUAGCGACAUGGACAUCUCCAGCUCAUGGGAAAAGUUGCUCAGCGAUAAUUUUGAGACCCCACCUGCAACUGAAGCAGAGGCGGAGAUCACCAGUGACGUAUGCUUGAAUAACUUGCCAAAGCUGUCUGAAGAAUAUGUGGAAGAGGACGAUUCAGACUGUAAAAUCACCACUGAUGGGAGAAGCACAAAUGAGCAUGUGGACUCUCCUUCGGAGACAAUGGAGCCAGCAUCUCCUAGAAGUGGUGUCAACAUGACAAAAAAGUUAGUGGUCCAACUUACGCCGAUGCCUGUGGACCAGGAGGCCUGCUCAGAUGCUCCAGAAGGGCCAGAAGACACUAAGGAAGACAAGUUUAAAGGAAAAGAUGCAUCCGGAAGUGAAGAGAUGGUCGUCGAUGGCAAAACGAGUAAAGACCACCCAAGCACGUCACUCCACAUAGAAGAAGAACUUGGAAAUCGACGUUCUCCUCGUGUGAAGACAACGCCUUUGCGUCGUCCCAGCGAUGUCAAGGGUAAAACCUCUCACUCCACAGCAGACAGCGAGAGUGACUCAGACCAAGAGGAACCCCAUAGCUCAGCUGCUGCCCAAACCACUGAAGAACAAAGCCUAAACCAGGCGAGAGACGACUCGGACUCAGAUGAAAUCCCUUCUGUGCUUCUUGAGCGAGCAGCCAUGACUCAAAGCUCUGAUGAACACCAGAGUGAUGAAGAUGGUGGUCAAGCGUCUACCAAGGUGGCCAAGAAGUGUCUUUUCUGGCUCACAAAGAACACCCCGAUAUCACCGGAGAGGCUUCGUCGCAAACGUAAGCUGCUGGACCGGUCGCCCGAUUCUGACUCCAUUGCUAAGGCUCGCCGGGAAAGGGGGACUGAUUCCUCUAGUGAUGAGCAAGACUCGUGCGAUAAAAUGCAGCACCUGAAAACCCUCAGGUCUAUUGGCAAGACUCACCUUGGAAAGGGUGAAACUGAAGGGUUGGCUAGGAAACAGGGGAUGGCGCCGACCAGGAAGCCAAAGACCCGUUCUCGCCAGGAAGUGAUAGAGACGACGUCGUCAUCGAGUGACGACGAUGAUUCCGGGAGUGAUGGGGACGAUCAGAAGAUGAAACCUAUCACAGAAUCUAUAGCGUUACUGGGACCAGCAGCCUUCCAUCAAUCAUCUGGAGAUGAGGACCAGUCUGGGCCCACCUGGGCAGCAGGGGAUGACGACGACCCCGAAAAUAGAAUCGCUAAGAAAAUACUUUUGGCCCAAAUCAAUGCCAACUUCUCUUCGGCCGAUGAUCUCUCAUCAGAUGUGGAAACACAGGAUGAUGAUUCCGCUUCUGAAACUGAAAGGGAGCUAAAACAAGCCAGUGUGGAAAGUGGACAAGAGAAUGGAGAAAAUGGUGUUGAAAUGACUGCUGCAGGGGAUAACAUGGCCUCUCCCUCUUCUGAUGCCGGCUCUGAUCGACCCAACGUGGAGAACCACCACCUGCUGCGCCACAAACUGACACUGGAUGAGGCGGUAGGAAGUGACAACGCGGGGUCGGGAGUUGAAGAAGGAAAGCAGGAGAAGAAGCAAAGACUUGGGCCCAAGCAGUUGAGCACUGAUGAUGAAACUGGAGACGCUGAGAAUAAUGUGUCAGAGCUGGAAGACUUUGGAAUGAGCGAGGAGCUGAGUGAGUCAGAGGAGGAAGAAAAGCUAGAAAGUUCAUCCUCUAAAUUGAAAGAAGUGUCCCAGGUGCCCUGCAUUUUGUUGUCUGACUCCAGCAGUGAGAAGAGUAUGCAAGAAGACACAGAUGCUGCAGUCAGCAACAGCCAGGGCACGCCCAGAAAACGCAAAAAGAUCCGCAAAAUUAUUGAAGAUGGGAAUCUCCGUGCUGAGACCCAGGAAGCACUACGAGAGGAGGAGGAGCGAUGCAGACGGCUGGCAAGGAGAGAGCAACAGAUGGAAGAUCGACGAGUGAUAACUAUCGUAGAUGAUGAGCUGUCUCAAGUUGCAUGUCCCGUCACCACCAAACUGAUUCUGGAUCAGGAUGAGGAGACCAAGAUCCCUCUAGUUGAGGUGCAGGAGGAACUGGUGACCUGCCUCAAGCCUCACCAAGUGGACGGAGUCCAGUUCAUUUGGGACAGCUGCUGUGAGUCCAUGAAGAAGGCCAACUCAAGUCCGGGAUCAGGCUGCAUCCUGGCUCACUGCAUGGGCCUGGGAAAGACUCUGCAGGUGGUUGCCUUCCUUCACACAGUGUUGCUGUCAAAGAACCUCCAUUUCAAAACAGCACUGGUUGUGUGUCCUCUUAACACAGUCCUCAACUGGCUUAAUGAGUUCAACAAAUGGCAGACAAAGUUGAAGAGCAAGAAAGUCAAGGUUACUGAGCUGGCCACAGUGAAGUCUCCAGCUGAGCGACUCCGAGCUCUGCAGACCUGGCACUGUACUGGAGGAGUGAUGAUAAUGGGCUACGAAAUGUAUAGAAAUCUGUCCCUAUCCACUAAAACCAACCAUGCGGAGUUAAAGAAGCAAUUCAAGCACCUACUGGUGAAUCCAGGUCCAGACUUUGUGGUGUGUGAUGAGGGGCACAUUCUGCGCAAUGACACCUCCAAUAUAUCUAAAGCCAUGAAUGCUGUGAAGACACGGCGAAGAGUGGUGCUCACUGGCACGCCGCUGCAAAACAACCUGAUAGAGUACCACUGCAUGGUCAGCUUCAUCAAGCGGAAUCUUCUGGGCUCAUCGCAGGAGUUCCGAAACCGCUUUGUCAACCCGAUACAGAACGGCCAGUGUGCCGACUCCACACCAAAAGACGUCCGAAUCAUGAAGAGGCGGGCGCACGUCCUCCAUGCUAUGUUGAAUGGUUGCGUGCAAAGGAGAGAUUACUCAGAGCUGACUCAGUUUCUGCCUCCUAAGCAUGAGUAUGUGGUGGCAGUCAGGGUGUCGCCUCUGCAGUAUAAGUUGUACAGCCACUACCUGCAGCAUGUCAGUGGCAUGAGCAGCCAGCUUGGCAGCGCAAAGAUGAAGGUCGGUGCAAACCUGUUCAAGGAUUUCCAAGUACUCGGUCGAGUUUGGACUCAUCCUUGGUGCCUUCAACUCAGCCAUAAAGCCAAAGAAAAAAGGUUACAGCGAUGUUUAGAAACCAAGAAUCCCUUUGCAGCUGCAACUGUGUGCCAGAAUGAAGAAUCCACAGAAAGUAGACCAAGCGGAAGCGCCUCCAGUGGACCAACCAAGAUGGAUGCAGCAAGUGUUCUUAAUGUUGCAUCUCAAGGCCAGUGCUGGUUCCAAGAUAUGUUCUCUCAAGAAGACUCCAAAGUACUGAAGCACUCUGGCAAAAUGGUGCUCUUAUUCGAGAUCCUGAGGAAGGCUGAAGAGUUGGGCGACAAAGUACUCGUGUUCAGUCAGUCCCUGAUCUCUUUGGACCUGAUUGAAAACUUCCUUGCUUCUCAUCGCCACAGCAAUACUGAUUCAUCAAAAGCGGGAAGCUGGAUUAGGAACAUCGAUUACUACCGUCUGGAUGGCUCCACCACCCCUGCGUUACGGAAGAAAUGGGCCGAUCACUUCAAUAAUGAUGAUAAUGCACGUGGUCGGUUGUUCCUCAUCUCAACAAGAGCGGGCUCACUGGGCAUCAACCUGGUGGCGGCCAACAGGGUGAUCAUCUUUGAUGCCUCGUGGAAUCCCUCUUAUGACAUCCAGAGCAUCUACAGAGUGUACCGCUUCGGACAGUCCAAGCAGGUGUUUGUGUAUCGUUUCCUGGCACAGGGCACAAUGGAGGAGAAGAUCUAUGAUCGGCAGGUGACAAAGCAGUCUUUGUCGUACCGCGUGGUGGAUCAGCAGCAGAUUGAGAGACACUUCACCCUUUCCGAGCUGACGGAGCUUUACACGUUUGAGCCGGACUUGCUGGACAACCCUCAUUCCAGGAAAAACAAGCGAAAGACCUCUGAUUUACCAACGGAUGGAAUUCUGGCGCAGUUGUUGGAGAAGUGCAAAGAGCACAUCGUCAGCUUCCAUGAGCAUGAAUCUCUGCUGGACCAUAAGCAAGAGGAGGAGCUCACUGAGGCAGAACGCAAAGAUGCUUGGGCAGAGUAUCAAGCCGAGUCUAACACGGCCAAGGCUCCGGUUCAACUCAGCCUCGACGCUUUGAAUGCAAAAAGCAAUGAAGAGCUGAUGGACUUGCUGAACGGGAGCAGAUCCAAAGUAGCGGCUGCCUUUGAGCUGCUGCAGCAGAUGAUGCCUCACACCCUCCAGGACUACUGCCUACGACUGUUGCAACAGCACCCAGGACUGCCUUCAGAGCAAAUCCUUGUGAGGGCCAAGCAGUGGAAAAUGUUCGACAUGAAGGAGCUUGAGCGUAGGAAGGCUUUUUAUCAGGAUCUUUUAGCACAGCAGCAAUCUCUCACGCUGCACAUUCAGGCCAUUUUAAACCACAGAAGGAACCAAGAGAUGCAGCAGGCGGCGCCCGCCAGCAACAAGCCGGCACCUUCAUCAUCCAAUCAGUAAGGUCCAUAUGCUCCAUACGUGGAUUCAUGUGCAGAGCUCAGCCAUCUUUUCAGCAUCCAAACAAUUAACACUUAGUGUGGCCAUAAAGGAUACUAAUAGUCGAGUACAUGCCAUUCAUGAAGGUUUUGGAAGUGCACUACUUUGUUUUUUUUUUUUGUUUCCACCAUUUCUAAAACAGUUCUAACAUUUCUUCCUUCUCUGCGCCUUAGAUUUUUGCCUCUUUGAUAUAAAGUUUUAUAAUAUUUUGUACAAUUUUUUGUACUGAUGUUUCACUGUUAUGUUUGUUAUGGUUAUGUCACUGGAGUAACACAGUUUCAAAGUUAUGUAAAGUAAUAAAAUAAUAAAACUUAAAUCUUUUCUAACUUUAUCUAAACGCUACAGAAUGUGUUGUGGAGACAAUCCUAUAGAAAUGUGAGGUCCUACGCUUGCUUUAACUGUCCAAGUUCAUAAGACAUCCCUCUCAGUAUCGGCCAGGUUUUGACUCAUUUACAUUUAUUAGUAAUCAGCAGAGGAACAUACAUUAGCUUUUUUUUGUAAGAUAAGAUUGGUUGUUGCAAGGGAAUCCGAUCCGGAAUUAGAGACUGGACAGUCAGAGGUUUCUCAAGAAAAGGGGUUACGUCAAGAUGU